CCUCUGCUUCAUCCUGGUAUUUUUGUCUCUCUUUAUAUGGCUGCCGUUUUUCUCUGUGUUGUAUAUAGAGCUAAAUAUAAGGGGUUUUGACUUUGCACCAACAUUGUAUUAAUUAUUGAACUUGAACAAUGUUUAAAAAAGCGAAGAGGGUAAACUUCAGGCGUAGAAAUGAAUCCGACGAGGAGGAAAAAGAAGAGGAAAAACAGUCGUUGCCGCAGCUUCAGUUGCUGCAAGAACAACCACAGCCAUGCGGGGCCGACGAUGAGCCUUCAGUCCGAUGUGCUGUAAUCAACAACCCUGAGAUUAUCGCACACUUUAAUGUCAGCAAGGAUAUGAACUAUGGAAAUGGAUUUCAGACUAACACAACGAGGAUGAACUUGAAGGAAAAGAAGAAAAGUAAAGAAAACAAAGAUGUGCCAAAAGCGAGUUUGCUUAGCUUUCACGACGAAGAAGAUGAUAUUGAGGUUUUCAAGGUGAAGAAAUCAAACUACAAUAAAAAGAUAGUGAAGCAACUAAAGAAAGAAUACAAGGAAGACCUGGAAAAAGCAGGCGGCUCAAAGCAGGAUCCAAGUACUGCAGGUGAUGAACUUACCACGGUAAUGAUGUCAGUUAAGGAAGAGCCAUUGACAGAAGAGAGUGUUGCAAACAGUGACAAAGGAGAAGAAGAGAUGGAAGUUGAUAGCAACAAUGAAUCAGAUGUGGAUCAGAAGUCAAAUCCUGCAGGGGCUUUCUCAAAUGCUUUGUCCUCUCUAAACACGCUACGUCCAGGUGAAAUACCAGAUGCUGCAUUUAUCCAUGCUGCCAGAAAAAGAAGACAACUAGCUCGUGAGCUUGGGGACAAUGUUCCUCCUGAGACCGAACCUGGUGGCAACCGGCUUGUACGGGAAGAUGAAAACGAUGCCAGUGAUGAUGAAGACGACGAUCAGAAACGAAGAAUAAUCUUCUCUGUGAAAGAGAAGACACAGAGACAGAAAAUAGCAGAAGAAAUAGGAAUAGAAGGGAGUGAUGAUGAAGCCCUUGAUGCAGGGGAUCAGGAUGAAGAACUGAAUCGAUGGGAACAGGAGCAGAUCAGGAAAGGAAUCAGCAUUCCACAGGUUCAAGCCAGUCAGCAGGCAGACGUGAAUAUGUACUAUCAAAGUACCUAUGAAGCUGCAUCCUAUGUGUCAUCCUAUGGCCUUCCUUACUCCUACAGUUCCUAUGGAUCAGAUGUCUCCAAGCCAGUGAAAUCUGAAAAUUCAGUAACAUAUACAGCUCCCAGUAAUGGCAUGAUGCCUAUAAAUACUGAUUUGGUAAAGAAACGACUUAAAGACAGGUUAGAUUCCAUGAAAGGAAUACACAGUAGCAAUCAGAAACGCUAUGAACAAAUUCAACAAGAGCUAGAGUCAUCCACCAGCAUGAUAGCGAGACUGGAAGGUUCCUCCGAUGGUGGUGCUGAUCAGUAUAAAUUCUUGCAAGAAAUGCGAGGGUAUGUCCGAGACUUGCUUGAGUGUUUCGGUGAAAAGGUACCCCUGAUUCAUGAUCUUGAAUCUGCAAUGCAGCAGUUACUUAGACAGAGAGCAUCCCGGCUUGUCCAAAGACGACAGGAUGAUAUUAAAGAUGAAUCAUCGGAAUUUGCAAGCCAUUCAAGCAAGGCUUUAAUGGCACCAAAUCUUGAUUCGUUUGGUCGUGACCGUGGUGUUUAUCAGGAACAUGCAAAACAACGAAGAAUUGCAGAAAGAGAAGCUAGAAGGACUCGACGCAGACAGGCAAGAGAACAAAAUGGCAAGAGAGCAGAGCAUCACGAGGGCCUAUCCAGUGAUGACGAGGAAACGUCUACAAAUAUCACAAGCUUCAACUUGGAAAAAGAUCGAAUUUUGAAAGAAUCAAAAAAAGUUUUUGAGGAUGUGUUGGAGGAUUUUUGUUCCAUUGACAGCAUUAAAUCCCGGUUUGAAGUGUGGAGGAAGAUGUAUUUAAAAUGUUACCAGGAUGCUUACAUUGGUCUGUGCCUCCCCAAACUAUUCAACCCUCUAGUACGAUUGCAGCUCAUCCCUUGGAAUCCUUUAAUGGCAGAAUGCCCUGACUUUGAGUACAUGCUGUGGUUUGAGUCCUUGCUUUUCUAUGGCUGUGAAGAGGAAAAAGAGACACAAAAAGGCGAUGUAGACAUUCUUCUUCUACCAGCUAUAGUUGAAAGGGUACUUGUACCCAAACUUGCAGUAUUAGCAGACCAGGUAUGGGAUCCUUUAUCUUCCAGUCAGACUACACAGCUGGUGUCCUUUAUGCAGAGACUGAUCAGAGGAUACCCCUCCGUUAUGAACGGGGAAAACAGAAACACACAGGAGCUGUUGAAAGCAAUAGUAAUGCGGACGAGAAGGACAUUGGAUAAUGAUGUUUUCAUGCCGCUCUAUCCCAAAAAUGUCUUGGAAAAUAAGAAUUCUGGACCAUAUUUAUUUUUCCAAAGGCAAUUUUGGUCCUCUAUUAAGCUUCUUGGAAACAUUCUUCAGUGGCAUGGAAUACUGUCAAAUACAUGUCUACGAGAGCUGGCAGUGGACAGUCUGUUGAAUCGUUAUAUUCUUUCAGCGCUGCAAAACUCAGAUCCUGGGGAAGAUAGCAUAACAAAAAGCCAAAGUGUCAUCGAUUGUUUUCCAAAACGGUGGUUUACAAAUAUCAAAGGACAACAAACCAUCCCCCAGUUAGAAAACUUUUGCCGGUAUCUUAAGCAUUUGGCCAGUACGAUCUACAGGGUCAGCAUUGGGGUUUCAGAUGUGGAAAAACGAAACGCAAGGGAACACAUAAAACAGGUGGUUAGACUUCUGGGAAGUGUUUGUGCUCUGGAUCAUGUGGUGGCUGUUGCAAGUGAACACGGCAUAAAGGAUGUGAAGGCUUUACUUGAAGGCAAAUAACUCGGAAUGGACCCUAAAGCCUUAUAUCUAUACCGUGUAUAAAUAUGUGUAUAUAUGUAUAAUGGAUUCUUUCAAGCCCUGUUUAUUGUUACAUCUAGGAAUCAUUUGGUGCACUGUUGUGUAUAACAAACCGGUUUUUUGUAAACUACUGAAUUCCAGUUUUCUAAAUUCUUUAGGCAUGCAGUAAUAUUCAUCCUAUCUGUGGAAUUACAUUUAUAUCAACAAGCAAAGAAAUAUAAACCAAGUUAUAAAUUCACAGCUUUUGGGGGGAACAAAAUAAAGCUUCUAUUUUAAUUUGCUGGUGGUGUAAAAGUUUUAUCAGCCUGUUUUAAUAAAUGUUCCUGUUUGGAAAGAU